AAACGGACAGUUUGAAGUUAGCCGUUAGCUUCGCAUUAACACUGUCUUCACGUAUUUUCUUGCACGAAAUUGCGCUUAUAUACGAAGAUAAUAAUAAAUAAACCUACAAACCUGUUUAACACACUUAUAUCGGAUGGACUCUGCAUACCUGAAACAGAAACUGGGGAAAUGUCUUGUGGAGGGUUUGGCAGAGGUAACCGAGCAGAGACCCGCAGAUCCGAUCGAGUUCCUGGCACUGUGGAUCUACAAAUACAGAGAAAACCUGCAGAGGGCAGAGGAGAGGGCUGCAUAUGAGAAGCAGUUAGCGGAAGAGCUGGAGAGAGCCAGAGAGGAAGAACUGCAUCAGAAACAACUGAGAGAAGAAGAGGAGCGCAUCAGAGCUGAGCAGGAGGUUGAAUCCAGCCUUGUCGAUCCCACAGACUCAGAACAGCAGCCUGCAGAUGUGGAGAGAUCGCCCUCUAGAGCUGAGGCAGAGGAUGUGCAGAGACCUGAGGAUUCUGAGCCAGGGCCCGAGGAGACGGAUGCAGACAGACCACAGUCUCUGGACGUACAUGGCACAGACCCAGAGAACGCAGAUGAUGCAGAAGUAAAGCUUGAUGAUUCUGCAUCUGAGAUGCAUACCGCAGUUCACCCUGUCAGUCCCCUCACCCAACCAAGCCAGAGCCAGCCAGAGGAGGAGCACGCAGAUGAUGACUCUGCACAAGCUCCACUGAACCCAGCAGAUGCUGUCCCUGAGGAAGAACCUCCAAGUCAGGAGCAUUCUUCAGCACUAUCUGAGUCACAGGGCCCGAAUGACCCUGAGACCACCCACCCUGACACAGCUGAAGACCAGACAGCGGCUGUGCCAGAAAGCAGUGCUCCCAAACCGGAAGACACACACUCAGAGCUGAAGAAAGACGUGGAGGAGAUCGAAGAGGACGAAAACUAAGGAAGAUUUUCUCUAAAUACUUUCUAUCCAAUAACCUACAGUUCCUCUUUCAGAGCCAUGUGCAUAUUUAAUGUACCUUCUUGUGUAUAAACACAAUCAGUUCUA